AUGGCAAGAAUGACACCAAUUAAAACAUCAAUUGAAAAAGUACGUAGAUUUGUGAAGGCUAUUAUAUCAUCAUCUACAAUCACCCAUGAUUUUAAGAAAAUUAGACAAUCGGUCGAUGAAGGCGAAGUAGUUCGCAAAAUUCCACAAAACAUAUCAACUAGGUGGAAUAGUACUUACCUUAUGUUAUCAGUUUAUACGUCUAUGCCCACAACAAUAGCAGCAGUUAUGAGACAUCACAAUAAUCUUGCUUAUUACAAGCUUACACCACAAGAAGAUUCUGAUCUUCAAGUUGUUACUCGAUUUUUACAACUAUUUUAUGAAGUUACUAAUAUACUUUCUAGUAGCACAUAUGUAACAUUGGAACUUUCUAUUGUAUUAAUGGAUGAUAUUGUUGAU